CCCUCUCCAGCACGCGGAGAAUAAAGCAACUAGUCACAGAUGCCCAGACAGCUAGCAGCUUGGCAUAUUGCACGAGUGGUAGAGCCCAGGGGCUAGGGCAUAAAUAUGUGUGCGCGUUGCCGCUGCCAGAUUUGAGAAAAGCAUUACGUGACACUUCUCAUAUCUGCGCUCCGGAAACGUCGCUCCCACUCACUCUCUCACCAUGGCUUCCCACGGCUACAUGUGCUCCAUUAUCCCGCCCUAUCUCCUGGAGAGCCUGUGCAACUGUGAAGAUGACGAGGUCCGCGAGAGUGCCCAUUCAACCUUUGCUCUACAGGAGACUCUUCACAAGCAUCGCCACGACCUGUUCGCCGCCAAAUGUGCCUCGCUAGGCCACCAGCACGGCGGCCAUGGCCACCACGGCCAUGGCUCAGCUCCCCAGGGCAUCGUCCCAGGUGCUCUGCUCGAGGCAGUGUCCACAUCGGACCAAGUCGACGACGACACCAAGGAAGCCGCUCAGAAGAGCCUCCAGCUGUCCCAAGAGGUCCGCGACGACCGUGCUGCCGUGGCCGUGGCCGUGGCGACUUCAGACGCCGCCGUCACCGUAUCUAGCCUCGCUGCCGAGGCCGGCCCUGAAGGCACCGAGACGGGCUUCUGGCGCGGCGUCUACGACAUGAAGAACAAGGGCGACGCGAACAAGCCGUGGACGUUCAGCCUGCUCCCCGGCCAUGCCGUCCGUCUCGAGGGGCAGGCCCCGAGCAAGGACAAGGCCGUCAACGAAGCCUACGACAACGCGCUCAACGUUCUCCAGUUCUACAAGAAGCACUUCAACUACGACUCGCUCGACAACAACCACAUGCCCGUCAAGAGCUCGGUGCACUUUGGCCAGUCGCUGGGCAACGCCUUCUGGCUCAGCUCUAGCGAGCAGAUGGUUUAUGGCGACGGCAACACCUUCAUCCACAACUUCACCGGCUGCAUCGACGUCAUCGGCCACGAGAUGACGCACGCCGUCACGCAGUACAACAGCGCGCUCGAAUACAAGGACGAGUCUGGCGCGCUGAACGAACACCUGUCGGACGUGUUCGGCAUUAUGGUGAAGCAGAUGGUCGAGGACGAGACGGCCGAGAACGCCGACUGGCUGAUCGGCGAAGGCUGCCUGCUGCCGGGCGUCAAGGGCGUGUCGCUGCGCAACAUGAAGAACCCGGGCACCGCGUACAACGACCCUCGCUUUGGCGCCGACCUGCAGCCGGCCAGCGUGGCCGAGGUGCCGGCCGUCAUGGCCAAGUACGGGGACUUUAUCCGCAACCGCGACUACGGCGGCGUGCACAUCUUCUCGGGCAUCCCGAACCGCGCCUUCGUGCUGGCCGCCACCGCGUUCGGCGGCUACUCGUGGGAGCGCGCGGGCCAGGUCUGGUGGAAGGUGGUCACGGAGCGGCGCAUCGGCAAGAACUGCACCUUUGUGCAGUUCGCCGACGCCACCGUCGACGCCGCCGCCGAGCUCUAUGAUGCUGAUGCUGCCAAGGUGGUGCGCGACGCCUGGACCCAGGUCGGCGUUGUGCGCACUGUUUGAGCGUCUGGCGGUUGCCGUGGUUUGCUUGUUUGGCGUCUCCUUUCGAUGCUUGUGUUGCCCUCGAAUACCCUCGAAUGGUGGAUGGAAAUAUCCUUUACGGAAGUAUUCAGCCCUAAAAUGAAUUCUGAACAGAAAAAACACCAAUUUCAUUGCUCCCUUAUAGCAGUUCUCAAUAGCAGUUCUCCAGAUUUGUGCUUGACUGCUUGUGUUAAAUACCGGUUUGCUCCACCCAAGCCCCCUUUGGCCAAACGACAA